GGAUUAUUUAUUAACAGACAUGGUUUUGUAGCUGGUCGUUCAACGGCCACUAAUUUAGGUUCUUUUUCAGAAUUUUGUGUUUCUUCCUUCAAAGAUGGCUCGCAGGUAGAUACCAUUUAUACGGACUUUUCUAAAGCCUUCGAUAAGGUGCCGCACCUAACACUGCUACACAAGUUGGAGUGCAUUGGCGUUCACUAUAAUUUCCUAGCAUGGUUAAAGUCUUACCUUACAAAUGGGACUCUGUCUGUGUAUAUCGAUGAUUGUAAAUCAGUAGUCCAAUUCACUAACUUUUAACGAUACGAUUUGUCGAGGUCUAAUAUAACGAUUUUUGUGGUUUGCAGUAACGAUUGUGUUAUUCGGUAACUCUUUUUUAACGACACUAUGUGCAGGGCCAUGAAACUGUUGCUGAAAGUGUGCCAGUGGAAGAGGUAAAAAGCAAAUAAAUCGUUAUGAAUAGCACAGCAUUUAACAAUUCUUCCCAUCAUUAGGAACUCCAACUUCGUAUGGAAGAAGGUGAUGAAAGUGUCAUCAUCGAGAUGCCAUCUAUUUCCCACGAAGUGAGCAUUGAGAUGUGCACAUCGACUCCUGUAACUCCUGCAGGAAAAACGCCUCGUAGAGGUGCAAAAAGAAGGCGUGUGGACGUUGGUACCGAGGCCCAAAAAACGUUUUUGGAAAUUGCUCAGACCCAAGCAAAUGCCUUAAAAAUGCUAGCAGAGUCGAGUGCAGCGAAUGUACAAAUAGCAAGUAGACAAGCAGAUGCUUUGAAGUUGUUAGCUGAAACAAGUACGGCGAGUGUGCAGGUAGCGAAAUCGUUGGCCGAAGCUAUGAACACAAUGGGUCAAGGUUUAAAGGCAUGUGCGGAUAUGCCUUUAAUAAUUUAACAAACGCUAUCCACGGUGCAGCGAACAAAGGU